AUGGCCCUAAAUACUGCCGUCUCUAUCUCUCCACGAGAUGACUUCCCAGAUGUCCUCAGAGGCAAGCGCAUCUUGUUGACAACAGAAUCACUCGGCCCAGUCAACGGCGUCAGUCGCACAACGCGCAGUCUGAUCGAUUACCUCCAUCGCAAUGGAGCAGACCUGGCAGUUGUUGCGCCACGCUUUGAGGGCCAGCAACAACAACAACAACAACAACAACAGGCAAAUGAAAAUCCAUUUCGCGAAGUGCGCAUACCCGGAUAUCCACUACCCUACAAUCCGGACUUGACAGUGGUGUAUCCAUUUCACCUGGACGAUGUCUAUCGCCAAACCUUCGAGCCGGACGUGAUCUAUCUGGCUAGUCCUGCCUCACUUGGCUUUCAGAUGCUGCUUCUUCUCCGCCAGCUGCGACGUCCUCCGGUGGUGCUGUUAAAUUUCCAGACGGAUUUAUCCGCAUACAGCGAAAUCCUCCUGCCGGCUCCGUUGGACCGGUUUGCUGUCUGGCUUCUCGCGACGGUACAGGGGUACCUAUUCAGUCUCCCCGCCGUGCAUACCAUCUUCUACCCCUCUUCUGCUAUAUUGGGAUAUCUCGAGAAGACAGGAGCACCGAAAAACCGGUUUCGUAAGCUAGGACGUGGUGUCGACACCUCACUAUUUAACCCAUCCCACCGCGACGAGAACUACCGCCGGACAAUCGCACCCAACAACGAAAUCAUUCUCGUAUACGUAUGCCGCCUAGCCCCAGAAAAAGGCUUCGAUUUCCUAGCUCGCGCAGCAAUACGCCUCGCAGCAGCAAACCUACCCUUCAAACUCCUCAUCGUGGGCGGUAAUCGCAAUCCAGCCGUCGAAACUCGCAUCCAUCGUCUCUUCGACGCAGUCCGGGACCAUGUCAUUUUCACCGGCUUCCUGACGGGAGCGGAUCUCGCGCGCGCAUACGCUGCUGGGGAUGUGUUCCUGCAUUGUUCUGUAACUGAGACGUUUGGGCUUGUCGUGCUUGAGGCCAUGGCUAGUGGGAUUCCGGUUAUCGCGCGCGAUCAGGGCGGACCGUCGGAUAUUAUACGUAAUGGGAAGACGGGGUAUCUCGUGUUGCCGGACGAUUUGGAUGGGUUUGUCGCGUUGGUAAGACGGGUGUCGCUUGAUAGUGUGCUCCGGUCUAGUCUGAGCAGCGCUGCUCGGGGGUAUGCGGACGAGAGGACGUGGGAGGCUAUUAAUCGUCGCGUCGCGUGGCAGAUUGCGGAUACUGUUGAAGCGCAAAGUAUGAGAAAAUCAGUCAGUACAUCCCUAGGGUUGGCGUUGGAUAGAUUGGUAUGGACGGUGAUUGAGAAAAUGCGGCUUUUGGUUGCUGUCGGGGCGGUAUACUUGAUGUGGCUGAUUGCCGUGGUGCCUUUAAUUGUUCACGGGGAGAGAAUAAUACCACGGACUUUGCGCACUAUCACUACUUCCUGGAAAUAA